AGACACUGCAUUUUUACCAAAAUUAAUCACUUGAAUUUAGCCAGGCGACAGAGUCAAAGUGAAGGUGAAGCACAGUAGCAUAUUAGAUCUUAGAGGUUAGAAGUUUGAAGUUUAUUUAUCUUUCAUUCAGUUCAGGAUGGAAUUGGAAGAAGCAGAAGAUGAAGAAUGGUAUACUACUAGUAGUAAAUACUCGUUCAAAAAUAAUGCUGGAAAUGGUUGUAAGGUGAGGAGGUGGUUGCUCAAAAGGGGACUCUGUCUGGGAAGGAAGAUCUUAGUGGCUGGCUUCUUAGCUUCUGCUGCCCCGGUGGUUGUUCCACCUCUUGUGGUUGCUUCUGCUGUUGGCAUUGUUGUUUCUAUGCCUUGUGCUAUUUUCUUGGCUAGCCAUGCUUGCACUCAGAGUUUAAUGAGUAAGUUGCUCCCUAGGCCUACUCCUCAGGAUACUUUGUUGCGUGAAGAGAUGUGUUUUCAGCCAGGCAAUGAUGUUAUACACACAUAUGAAGAGGAGCAAGUCCUUGUAUAUGAAAUAAAGAGAGACAUUGAAAUGGUUGGUGUUCAAUGUUUGGAGAAUGGGGAAAAUAUGACAUCAGGGAGUGAGUGUGGUCCACAAGAAGAAGAUGCCACCGAUGGAAUAGAAGGACACUCAAGAGGAGAAACUAAUGGGGUGCAAGUGCAACUAAUAAGUGGGGAUAAAAAUGUAGUUGUGACAAUGAUUGAAGAAUUUAAGACUCCCUUUGAUGUUACAACUGUGGUUUUAGAGGAAUCCGAGGAUCAGGCCAUGGAGGGUGACAUAGAGGAAGCAGAGUUACAAAGAGAAACAAAGGGGCUGUUAGAAAAAAUUAGAGAUGAAGCUAGAACUGAUAUGACACGGGAGAGAGGAGAAUAUGUAGAAGGAAUAUGUGGAGGGGCAAAUGAAAGUGAUAAAAAAUUUGGUCCAGCUGUUGAAGAUAUGGAGGUAGCAUGGGAAGACACACAUAGUGGUAUCGUUGAAGAAGACUUGGGAAAGGAACAAGAUCCAAAUGUAUGUGAAGAGAUGCUUCAUUCAAGAAAUGAUGAAAGUAAGGAUACUAUGUUAGAAGGAAAAGUAUUUGAUAACACAAAUGAUUCACAUAAGCCAAUGGCUGAACCUUCUGAACUGCUGAUUCCAGCUGAACCAAUUGGAGAUUUGCCUAUAGAAGCGCUGGCUUAUAAUAUUUCAGUUGAGGAGGACUCGUCUGAAAAUAUUGACAUACAUAUAGUUGCCAAAGAGGAACAGGAGCCUCCGCCGGAUUGUCCUACUAUACUGCAAAAUGAGAAGUUAGAUAAUAACAAUUCUGACUUUGAAAAUCAAGAAUCACAGCUGCAUGAAUUAAAUAAAAGGACGUACCCGCUAGAUGCAGAAGCUAUAGAAAUUGCUAAUGAAGGUGAAGUUGAUUUGUUUGAUGGAAAACGGAUAGACCCUGACGAGUGCGGAUACACAAUUUAUUUGCAUGAAGGAUCUUCAAAAGUUGAUGGGCAUACAGAUUCUACGGAGGUUCUUGUUUCGUCUGUAGAAGAAGAGUCCAGGCCAUCUGAAUGUUCCUCUGGAGAAAACAUUGUUUGCCCUUCUCAAGAGGUUGUUGUAUUGGAUGAGGAGAAGAUAUGGAAAGCGAUGAAUAUUAUACGUAAGAUAGUAGGAUAUGAAGGUAGAAUGCAAGGAUCAUGUUCAGAUGAAUUAAAGGCUCUCUACAUCUUCACUGGAGUUGAGCCCCCAACUGGUACUCUCGAUGACCCCGCUGAAAUCAAGGAGAAGCUCCACUUCCUUAUGUCCAUCGUUGGAAUUAAGUCGAAUGAUGCUUAGACAUGUGACAUGUGACACAUCUGUGUAUUGUUUUUUACAUAUUUCAGUUAACCUGCAAUGUGUGUUCUUUUUAUUCUCCGUGGAUUUCCCUGGGGAUAGGUGGAACCCAAGAAAGGAAAGGAAAAUUAUUCAAAACUUACAUGUUAAUUUUGUGGUUCUUUUUUAUCGUUAAAUACUCUUUUGCUCA